UGGAACCUGACUCACAGUCUUUACACCGGAUCGAAUUCUCUCAGUCCUUUACUUAAUUCACAGCAAAGAAACCAAUGCUUCCCACCCACAUCGUUUGCUAUUGAAAUGGGACGUAUCCAAUGAGACCUCCAGUUCAUCUCGAAUUCAUAUCUUCGAUAUCAUGUCUACAUUCUGCACGAGAUCGGUUUCUCUGUGCAGAUUUCUCUGCAUGAUGACGUUAGUCAAUGGUAGUAUAGUUCAGUCACGGAUACUUGAGGCACAUAGCUUGUCACUUGCUCCUCGAGUGGGAAAGGAGAUGAAAACUGAUUUGAAUUCUCAAAUUCCAUUGUACAGCAAUCUACAUCUGCAGAAGGUUCCUAUUGCUGUGCGACAAUUGAGAGGGAGACUACCAUCAAGUCCUAGCAAUAUCAACCAUUCGGAAGCAGCUCCUCCGCCCAAGGUCGAUCCUCGCAAACGAUUCGAUCGUCAUGAAUGAUGUUCUCGGAAUCUAGCGGGACGCAUUGCGGGAUACGAUGAUCUUGUGAAUAGGGACUUCAAAUUCCGAUAUUACAGGAACGGACUCUUGAUCUCGGCGAAGGUGAAAACAGAUUAUGCUCUGUGCCUGCGAGUACCAUCAAUCUGAUUGAAGGAGUAUGGGCAUUGCCGUUGAAGGUGAAGUCAGCGAAAUCAGUGAAUGUCUGACGACUUCGCUAUUUUGGAGUAAAUCCAUAAGUCUACAGAUGAUGGCCACUCGUCAAUCGGUCAAUGCUUUACACAGAACAUGGACGUCAUGAGUUUGAACUGACGGUAAUCUUCAACUGUAAUCAAUCAUAACUUGUGAUAAAUAUUAUCUUAUGGAACAUUCAUGGC